AUGGAGUCUGACGAUACACUCAAUGUGCUGCGGGCAAGAAUCGCGCUUUUGGCGACUGCUAUUGGUGGUCCAGACUACAACUCACAGCUUGACCCACUGCCUUACAAGCUGGGCGAUGACUGUCUUGCAUGUCUGAAGGACCUGAAACGUUGGUUCAAAUUGGUCGAUGACAAACAAAACACCUGGGAAGUCGCUAUGGCGGCCGCCGAGUUCAAAGUGCUCACUGACGAUCUCGUCCCGAUUCUAGUCGACUGGGAGGAAAAAUGUUCGCUGGAGGCUAAGUUGACAAAGAAGAACAAGCCCUCGCCGUUUAGAAAUAAGAGUUACUACGAUAAAGUGGCACUGCAGUGCCUGCAGCUGCUGGUGCUCAUGACGUGGCCGUUGAUCAUCACGGAACACUCCUCGGCAAGCCAGGUCAACGUAUAUACGGACCUGAAGAAACACCAGCUGCUAUACAAAAAGGCAAUCCUGUCCACCCAGCAGGGGAAAGUGCUCAAAGCGGUGAUAAGACUGGUUCUGAACGUAAUGAAAAUAGACAGACUCUCAAGAACUCCUAGGGAUAACCUGACCAUCAAAUUGGCACUCAACUUCUUCAGGAACGUCCUGUCGAUAGAACCAGGGGAGUUGAUGAUCACAACGAAAAAGAAACCUUCCGCAACGAAGGGUAUAUCGUCAGUGGACACUUUACCCCCAAACGUAUCAAUGGAUGAUAUUUCCCUAAAUGCAGUUAUCAACUCCUUUGAAAGGAAUAAAGUAUUCAAGUUGCUGCUGACCUUGUCAAAUUCAGUAAAUACCGAAUUCGACCCGGACUUCAUCAUCAUACCCGUGUUAGAGAUCAUGUUUUACUUGACCAAAGAUAUAAACCCACGACUGCUGUUCAGCAGAGACCUGCAAUCCCAGGAGGGGAAGGACACCCGUCAAACUGGAUCCAAAGCGGGGAACGAGUUAUCUAACCUGCUAUCAAAAGAAUUCCAAAUGAAGAAAAACUUAAUCAAAAAUACGUCUUCGAGACACUCCAGAUUCGGUACUUUACUCUCCGUGGAGACCCCAGAAAAAAUCAGACUCACCGUUUCUGGUUCACAAAACAUACUCGAUGAAUCUAAGGCAUUACAGAAGCUAGAUAGCAGGAAGAAAUGGUCCAAACGGACCACAAGAGUCAAGGAUGACCCGCUGGAGAAGGGGCUUCCAAACAGUCUGCUAAACUCGCAGCAAACGUCGUACCUGGCAUUACAAUCGGGGGCGACUUUGAAAUCGUUCUUGAACUUUAUAGACAACUUCCUCAACUCAAGUUUCAACAUCGUCCUCCACGGUGUGACAAACUACAUGACCACUGAGCAGGAUAAACUCGUCAUCAUAGAACAGAUAGAGUACCUCCUUUUCUAUUCAUGGUUUAUUCAGUACCAAAUCCUAAAAUGUUCCGCUGGUGGUGGCAAACCCACAGAUACAGCUAACGUCUCUGAAGCACUGAAGGAGACCUCCUUUAUUUUGGCGUCUCAUUUAUUGAGGUCUGCGUUCGAAAUGAAAAACUGGAUCGUGGUACACGCUGGUAUGAUUGCCUUCAACGAACUAUUAUCGCUCCUCAAUUACGAGAAGGGGAACCCAGAAACUGACAAAGAGGACAUAGAAUUCAUAAUAAGCAAGUUAUUCAGUGGAGAGAGGAUCCACCUCCUUUCCAAUCUACCUCGGAUGGCUAAUAGACACACGCCACAGUACAUGAAAAGUUGUAUUGAUUUGACUCACAGCGUUUUGAAGACGUUGGAACUAUAUACAUCUGAUGAAAGACACCUAGUGGUAGAAGGGAAGAAGACUCGUCGGAAAAACGCGAGCAAGAAUACACAACUUACAAAUGAUAGCAUUGAAAGAACGAUGGAGUUAUAUCAGGUUGACCGAGAUGAGGCAAUUGACAUUUUAGAUUCUCAAGCGACAACAAUGGACGUCAAUUUCCACAAAGUCCAAAACGCCUUCAUAAAUGAAGCCACGGUAGAGACGUAUAUCAAUUUCUUACAACGAUUCAGGGAACUAGAUGACGACCAGAUCAAAAAGAUAAUUUCCUUUUUCCAUAGAGUCUUCGUCCAGGCAAAAGAAGAGUCCUUUUUGUUCCGGUUCGACCUCAUUGUGCUACUACAAGAAAUGCUGUCUGAUGAUGGACUGGCAAGAAAUGCGAGAGUCAGGAAGCACGUUGAUCAAUUUGCCAAUUAUUACCUACAAAGGUUGAAGAAUAGAUUAAAAAAGUUCCCAUCUUGGGCUGUUCACCUACUCUUCCCAGCUUUGCAUGAUAUGGAAAUUGGUUAUUUCCAGAAAUACGGCGAGAGAAAAGCGAUGAAGAAAAAUAAUUUCUACGGUGCCCCUCCAAGCAUAAUCAAACCUUUCCCGGAACAAGAACAAUUACCAGCAAAUGUCCUCAAGGAUAUGUCGUUUGGUGUCCUCGUAUCUACAUUAAUCGAUGAUUCUAAGACUGAUUUGCUAGACUUAUUGGCUCAGCAUAUGUCAAAGAGUUUAGACAUCUUCCGCUCGUGGUUGACAGUCAAUAUCGAAAAAGAAACAGAGACAGAAAAUCCGCCAAACCAAAAGUUCAGUGUUCCAGACGAUAUUGGGAACCCACUUUUGUUUGAUAAAGAUUUCAGAGCACUUUUGAAGCUGAUAGGCUAUUCCAUUCCUUCAAAUCAAAAUGAGACCUGUUAUUUACCGGGACUGGUGGAAAUUUCGGAACUGAACAAUUCUUUUCAGGCCAUUAAGAAGUAUACCACGACCACCUUUGAAACACCCAACGGACAACCGUCAUCCACAUACUUAAUAAGACCCCGUAAUACAAAUGAUGACAGUCCCUUUGAUAAUAACGGGGAGGAUGAUGGCUGGACUGGUCAUGAUUCUUACGAUCUUAAUGACCCGAGCAUUGUCAGAGACGAAGAAGUGGACGAUAACGAAUACUUUAAAGAUUUAGAGCGCGGGGGCACUACAUCAACUUAUAGUACGAAUACUGCCAAGGGUAUAGCUGCGAAAAAAAGUAAGAAGAAGCAAGGGAAAGCGGGAAAUAAAAUUCGAAAUGGAGAUGAAUCAGGUAGUCGUCGGAAAAGGGAACCUCCUGUCGUUUCAAGCAAAGAGUAUAUCGAUUCUGAUGACGACGACGAUGAUAACGCUUUUGAUUCAAUAUUUUUUGAGAAUGAAAUAUAUUUGAGAUGGAUAAUGAACCGAAGCAAAAGCCAAUUGACCCCUGAACAGCAUUCUAUGUUUGGUAAAUUUGUUGAAGAAAGAAUACGCAAUAAUGGUCUAGUCAAUGGCGAUUAUUCAGAUCUUUUUGGCGGCGCGAUUCCUUCUCUAAACACCCUAAAAGCGCUAGACACCUCUGAAUCUCUUGCCGAUAAGACUUUAUUAAAUCUGAGUUCGAAAAUGGAAGCAGAAACCAAUUAUCUCUCUUCAGACUCGGAUAGUUCCGAUGAGAACGUCAAAGCUGUAUCUAAUGAUAAAGAGACCCUUCCGGUGCUACCCUCUACAGCAAAUUCUGAAGAAUCCGACUCCAGCAAUAUCCUUUCUGAAAAGGAGUAUUACUCCGCUGAAUUUGACACAAAUACUCACAUUUCCUCGAAAGAGUCGUUGAAGCGCAAGAACGAUACUUCCGACGAAGACGAAGAUGACGCUGAAACUCUACUUAAGAGCAACGAAAAGCAAUACUCAAGGACCCACAAAAAAAGACUAAUUGUUGCUGAAGAAGACGAAGACGACUGA